AUGAGCCGUCGUAUAGGGGCCGUCAAAUCUCGAUUCGGCUGCAAAACCUGCAAAAUCCGAAGAGUGAAAUGUGGCGAGGAGAAGCCGAAUUGCCUUCGCUGCUCUAACACAGGACGAAAAUGUGAAUAUGAGGGCAGAGGGACAUCUCCAUGGGCUCCCUCCACACCCAGCCACGCGCUGUCGUCUCAAAAUGCAGCGCGACGAGAACGUCGCGCAUUUCAAUACUACUUCCAGCAUGUGUCCCAACAUCUUGCAGGUGGACUGAAUGUAGACUUCUGGACGGGGGUUAUUCCGCAGAUCUGCCGCAGUGAGCCCGCAGUGUGGGAUGCAAUGAUUGCAAUUAGUGCAUUGUACGAAAAUCCGAAGCAGUGUAUGGAUUUUCACUUUUUGAAGGAUGGUCGAAACAAGGUAGAUUUGCUUAAUCAUGCCCAGCAGGAUGCAUUGACAUGGUACUCGCGAUCAAUAUCUGGCGUUUCUUCGCAGAUCCAGCGAGGCAGUGCAGAUCCAUACAUUGCACUCAUUAGCUGCGCACUAUUCAUCUGCGUGGAGACAAUCCAAGGACAUAUGGAGAAGGCCUUGGAACUCUAUCGACAGGGUAUCACUUUGAUACUUGAUCUCCGUGCCCAAAUUGGCUAUGGAGGAGUAUCCGUCAGUAAGGCUGUUCUGCUGGAACGCAGCAUUGCUCCUUUAUUCUUACGACUAGGCACAAGUUCCCUGACCAUUUCAGGGACUCAGUUUCCUAUUGAACUUUUUGCCUUUGUAGAAACGGACCUGAGCGCUGGUUUUGCAUCCGUUGAUUCGGCAAGAACCAUCAUGUCCGCCCUCGCUGCGGAAAUCAUCCUCUUUGAGCGUGAGGCGAACUUACACCUCAGGGCCGUUGGUGCCGAGUCCGCUGUAAGCCCAGAAAUGGUCGCGAAAAAAGAAGGAUUCCGAGCCCGUCUCGCUGAAUGGCACCGGGCAUACAUCAAUCUUUGCCAAACCAACAGAUCCGUACCUACACUCCCCAUAUACCCAGAGCCUAUGCUUCUCACGUAUCAUGCUGCUGCUUUGAUUUAUGUGACAGGAUGCUUAAGGCAACAGGAAACCGUUUUCGAUAUCCAUUUUGCAGACUUUGUUACUAUCGUGGAGCAGUCUAGGCUGAUUCUCGAUGCCUCAGCAGGUCCAAAUGGUGUUCAACCGCCAUUCUCCUUUGAGAUGAGUGUGGGUGUUCCUCUCGCCAUGACCGUGUUGAGAUGUCGUGAUCCAAACUUGCGGCGAAGGGCUUUAGGUCUAUUGCGACUAGCACCUCCAAUCCAAGGAUUUUUCAAAUGCGCCCCCGUGGCUCUUUUGUCAGAAACGUUGAUGAAACUGGAAGAGGGCUAUAGUCUUGCCCUGAGGCAAGAUAACUCAAUGGCACAUUCUCACAAAUUUCUCGACAAUAAUGUUUUAAUCGGUCUACCAGCCGCUAUAACAACGCAUGAGGGCAUAAAAUCACAAGCAGCACUCAUCCCCGAAGAGGCUCGCAUACAUGACUAUGUCUCAUCUAUCUUCAAUAUGCCUGAACAAUUGGACCUUGAUCUGGAUCUCAUUGUACUGAACUGUACCUUGGCCACUGUUGAAGACGUCGUGCAAUGUGAUAUUGGCGUCAAAGACGAGAAGAUUCACUCAAUUGUCCCCCAAGGAUCGUUGGCUGGAUCAAAGGCCAAAAAGAUCAUUGAUGCCAAGGGGGCUUUGGUUACGCCAGGGGGGAUUGAUGCCCAUGUUCACCUUCAGGAGCCGCCUCUCUUUGGACUUGGCUCCACUGCAGACAGCUUCGAGUCUGGUACCCGCGCCGCGAUUGCAGGAGGUACAACUACAAUCGUAGCCUUUGCACCUCAACGAAAGCAUGAAGACAGUGUUCUCGCGACCCUAGCUUGUGCCCACGAACGCGCCAACAACCAAUGCUACAGCGACUACUCGUUCCAUCUCAUUAUCUCCAACCCAUGCGCAAAGACGCUUGCGGAAUUUCCAGCCUUCCGAGAGUUGGGCAUCUCGUCCGUCAAGAUAUACAUGACCUACGAAGCUUUGCGCCUCAACGAUGAGCAAUUUCUGGAUGUCUUGUUCCAAUCUCGUCUACACAAGGUCACAACUCUGGUCCACGCUGAGAAUGACUCUGUGAUCGCGUGGAUGACCAAGAAACUGCAUGAACGCCAACUAUACGCACCGAAGUACCAUACGGCUUCUCACCCUGCCGUCGCCGAGAUUGAGGCCAGCUACCGUGCAAUUUGUCUUUCUGAGUUUAUUGAUACUCCAAUCUUAAUCGUACACGUCUCUAAUCCUCGAGCCGUCGAUAACAUUCGACAAGCCCAGGCAAAAGGCCUUCCAAUUUAUGCAGAGACCUGUCCUCAAUAUCUGUUCCUCAGCAAGGAAAACCUGGAUUUGCCUGGGCUUGAGGGUGCAAAGUGUGUUUGCAGUCCACCGCUGCGUAACAAAUCCGACCAUGAAGCUAUUUGGGCUGGUCUUGAGGACGGAACAUUCACUAUUCUCUCGUCCGACCACAGCCCGUUUAACUUCAACGACUCUACAUCUGGCAAAGGGUCGAGCGUGACUGCGGAACACCCCGAUGGGCAGUUUCACCUAGUUCCCAACGGAUUCUCCGGUGUCGAGACUCGAAUGUCAUUGGUCCUUUCAGCUAAUCGACUCAAGAUACAAAGAUACGUGGAGCUGACAUCGACCAACCCGGCCAAAUUGUAUGGCAUGUAUCCGAGAAAGGGCGCUCUGAUCCCGGGGGUCAGUGAUUCGGACUUUGUCAUUUGGUAUCCCGAAGGCAGUCUUGACAUGUCUAUCACCAACGGAAUCCUUCAUCACGAUGUCGACUACACUCCAUUUGAGGGACACAAGGUAAAACAAUGGCCACGCUACACUGUGCUUCGUGGACAAGUAGUUUGGGACCGGGAAGACGGAGGGGUCGUGGGUGCUCGAGGCUUUGGUCAGUUUUUGCAUCGCACAGAGAGCAUGUUGGCAGGCAGCAGGAGUGAGGGGUCUUGGGAUGUUGAGACAGCGUGGGUUUAA